CGUCCGCUUACCUAUACUAUAAAAAAACAUACUUUGUUCCAAUAAUUAAUUAUAAUUUAAAAAGCAGAUAAUCUAUCUAUUUUGCUCUGGUUUAAAAAUAUUACCUCAAUCAAGUCAGUAGCAUUUUUUAUGUUAAGUGUUAUCCGAAUCAACAUUUGAAUACUACUGCUUUUAAUUAAAUGAAAAUAUAAGUUUUGCUUAAUCACGUUGAAUCUCAAUAGUUAUUUUAUUUACAACUAGUGCCUGCCCCAUGUUUGGAGGGGGCGGCAGGUGUUACGCCUAUGUCCUUUCUUGGGAGUUCAAUCAAAUUUUAAAAGUAGUUUAGCCUUGAAAGCGUAACAGACAAAGCUACUUUCACAUAUAUAAUAUUUUUAAAGAUAUGAGGAUAUCUAUAAAAAUAUAAAGCUAAGCCUAUAUUCAAUUGCUUUUUGUAAUUUCACUCUCCUUAUUUCGCAAACAUUUUUAAAUUUUGAGAAUGGAAUAUAAAUGAAUAUAUUGGUACGUAUUUAAAACGCUGAUAAACACGUCCAUAGCAAUUGCCUCACACCAGUUUAAGUAAAGAAUGAGUUUUGCUAUAAAAACCUUUAACAUAUUCCCAAUAACACAUUGUAACCUCAACGUCGUUGACUAAAAACCAAUCAACAUGUCUACCUUCGCCUUCUUACUCCUCUGCGUCCAAGCUUGCUUUGUUCAGAAUGUAUACAGCCAGUGCCUGCGUGGUGCUGGACCUCUUGGAUGGGAAGGAGGUCUUGCUGGACCCAUUGGCUACGGCUGGGGCCCUGGCAUCGCUGGCUUAGGCUGGGAAGCCGGUCUUGAUGGACCCCUUGGCUUCGGCGUUGGUUCUUGCGGUGCUGCCUACGGUGGAGCUGGUGUUGGUGAUGUAGCCGUCGCCGGAGAGAUGGCUGUUGGUGGUACCACCCUGGUCGCUGGUCAGGUACCAAUCCUCGGAGCUGUAGAAUUCGGAGGUAUCGUGCCAGCCGCCGGAGCUGUCUCCAUUACCGGCAGCUGCGGCUGCGGCUGCAACGGUGGAUACAUUUACUGAUCAGUAAAUAUUGCCCUCCUAACCGAUUCAACCAAAACAAAGAAUAAAUGAUUGAUUGGCA